CGCUACAGCCAGAAGUUUGUAGUGUUGAAGAGUGCUGCCGAGCAUCAGUGUAGUGUCUGUCAGUGGGGAGAAGAGAAAGAAAUAUUCACAAAUCCAAAAUGGACGAACUCUUUGUGGAAGUAUGCGGCGAAAACGGAGCCAACUACAAGGGAGUUGUUACGGAUGUGUUCGAAGAUGGAGUCCUAGUUGCAUUUGAAAAUGACUGGCAGGAAGAGUCCAAGUUCCUGUUCAGCCAAGUCCGUCUACCUCCGACCGAAACCCCGACCACAUUCUGCGAGCACAUGGAGGUCGAGGUGUACUCCCGGUCCAACGAUAACGAAGCCUGCGGCUGGUGGCGGGCGGUUAUCAAGAUGAUGAAGGGCGAAUUCUUCGUGGUGGAAUACCUCGGCUGGGACAACAGCUACACGGAGAUCGUGUCAGCCGACCGGCUGCGAGCAAAGAAUACGAACCCGCCGAUCAACGAGAAGACCUUCUUCCGGUUCGAGAUCGAGGUGCCUGAGGACAUUCGGGAGUAUGCUUUGCUGAGCAGUGCCAAAAUCGACGGCGUGCAUCGAGAGUUUCAGAAGGCGAUCGGUGCCGCCGAGUGUAGGUACCUUCCAGAUCGGGGCACCCUGCUAGUGAUAUCGCGGAGCGAAGCGACCCAGCGGAGGGCAAACAUGAUCCAGGAGAUGUGUUUCCGCAAUCUGAGCCAAAAGGUGAUGCUACUAAAACGAACCGAAGAAGCUGCCAGACAACUAGAAUCGACGAAGCUACAGAACGCUGGAGGAAAUUUUACUAACAAUCAGAGAAUUUCCGCUUUUAUUGGACAAUCAAUGAACGAGAGAUUCACGGACGAGUUCAAGGUACGAGAGGAUCUGAUGGGACUGGCGAUCGGCGCGCACGGUGCCAACAUCCAGACGGCUCGCAAGCUGGACGGUGUGCUAAACAUCGAGCUCGAGGAAAACACCUGCACGUUCAAAAUUUCUGGAGAGACUGACGAAGCGGUCAAGAAGGCCCGCGCCAUGCUCGAGUACAGCGAGGAAUCGCUGCAGGUCCCGCGGAAUCUCGUCGGCAAGGUGAUCGGCAAGAACGGGCGCAUCAUCCAGGAGAUCGUGGACAAGAGCGGCGUCGUGCGCGUUAAGUCUGUCUCAUUGCAGAUCGAGGGGGACAACGAGCCGGAACCGAGCAUCCCGCGGGAGGAGGGCCAGGUACCGUUCGUGUUCGUCGGUACGGUCGAGAGCAUCGCCAACGCCAAAGUGCUGCUCGAAUAUCAUCUAGUGCAUUUAAAGGAAGUGGAACAGCUGCGGCAGGAAAAGCUGGAAAUCGAUCAACAGUUGCGGGCGAUUCAGGGAGCAACGAUGGGUUCGAUGCAGAACUUUUCCAUGAAUCGUCGGUCAGAUCGGGCGUACAGUAGCGACGUGGAUGGCGGUGGCCGGUCUGGCCGUGGCGGCAUGCGUGGUCGUGGCGGUCGUGGUGGUCGCGGUAAUAACCCCCGGUACUCAGGUCGUCGAGAUACCGGUGACGAUGAGUAUGCUCCACGGGGAGGCGGUGGAGGUGGCGGCGGAGGAGGAGAUCGUGACCGCGACCGAGACCGGGACCGUGACCAACGGAAUACUUACUCCGAAGGUGGCGGCGGUCGCGGUAACCGACGGGGCUACAGCAAACGGUCCGAUCGGAAUAAAUCUUCGCAAGGUCAGUCCGGCGGCGGCAGUCAGCAGCAAUCGUCGUCCUCGCAGCAGCCACCACCAUCAUCGUCGACGUCGUCACAGCCGCAGCAACAACCGUUCCAGGAAGAUCGCUGGGCGGACCAGGUGGAGAACAGCCAGAAGGAGAACAACCGAGAGCUGAACAGUGUUGAUAGGGCAGAUAGUCACUCAUCGAACGAAGGAAUUCCAGCUCGGAGUCGCCGAAGAUCGAAGAAUCCCGGUCACUCGAACAAAUCCAACGGAAAUGUCCAGUCGAUGAACGCAAAGUCGUCGGGUAGCAAUGCGACCGCCAACAGCACGGCAGACCAUCAUGACAACAACGGAAGCAGCGCGCCGAACGUCAACAGCAAACAGCAGCCCCAGAAUCACACUGCCGCUGGUCUCAACAGUAACAGUAGCGUCGGAGUACCGCUGCCGAACAGUAACAGCAAUAGCCAGCAGCAGCAGCCGCUGCCUCCCAAGGGUCAACGGGAGAACCUCCGGAACCGGGGAGGUCGAGGCGGAGGCGCCGGAGGAGGUGGAGGUGGUGGCAAGCAUAAGCAGAAUCAGCAGCAGAACCAGAAUCAAGUGGCAGCCGCUGGCGGCGCCACUGUUCUCAACAAUACGGCUGAUCACCAUCACCAUCACGCCGCCGGCACUGGCAAGGAAACGCUGGUCAAUGGCUCUUCUUAGAAGAAGCAGAAACGGCCGCAUCCGCAGCAGCUGCGCAACAAGCAACAGGUUGUCCAGGCAGCCUCACUGGCUUUGCCCCAUCUGUUGGUGGGAGUGUGAAACAAUCGCAAGUAGACCACGAAUCACACUCACCACACAAACACACAUAACAUGAAACCUAUUCAAAACUAUCAAAGUUAAUUACCCAAACUAUGAGAAAUGCAUAAAACAAUACACACAAAACACAAACACAAUUCGCAACUUACAACAACGCCCGGGAUCAGGGGGGCCAUUUCCUCCUCGGGGUCGGGCAGAGUAACUAUCCCUAUUCGCUACUAUGAAUAUUUUUGCGUGUAUUCAAAAACAAAAAUCGAAAAUCAAUUGUAACACAGAAACACACACACACAUACAAAACAGAACGAAUUACAAACCGAACAACCACCGGCAAGUCAAGGAAAUAGAAGAAGAAGAAGGAGUGCAAAAUUGCCGAAUCAAUCGAGAAGCAAAAAACUAAAACUAAAAACUAUAACUACACACUAUGUUAUAAAAUAGAUGUGCAGAAGCAUCAGCAGCAGAUUAGCAGACAUUUUUGAUCGAAGGUUUUUCGCUCAUCGAAAAAAAGCAAACAAACCUUCUGCAAUGCAAAACCGCGGACGGAAAUCCCAAACACAAUAGGAGCAUAUUCGAACACAAGCUGAAUUCAUGCAGAACAAGCUCUGAAGCACUGAGUAAUAUAAAUUGAUAGCAAGAGAGCGCGUUUAUUUGAACUUUACAUACUCCCUAGUACCACAAACACACAAAAAAUAUGUAAUCUUCGAAGGCGGUAUUUUUGUUGUUUAUACGUAAGUUCCUUCAUCUCAUUUCGGUUCGAAUAAAACUAAUGUAAAAAGCUCUACCUACCUAGAUUGUUGCCAGAUGGUAUAAUUUCUCGGGUUUUCAAGGGUUUUUUUCCUCGAAAUUUUCAGAGUUUUUUUUUUGGGAAAGCCUUAAGGUAGAUUGGGGAAUUGGUUCAGAUUUGGUUCAUCUCAAUACGUAUAACGUGGUCAAAAUUCCAUACUUGUGGAAAUGGAUUCAUGUUCCACUACAUCAGCUUCCUCUAUUCCUUAGGACUUCUAUCGAUUACUUUUUCAAAUCGACUUAAGUAUCUUUCACACCGAUUGGAGAGAAAAAAAAACAAAUUGAAGAAUUAAAGCCCUAGUCCUAAAUCCAUUUUAAAAAAUAUAAUAAAAAUUUGACAUUUUUUCUUCAUGUAUAUCCUCAAAAAUGUUCAUACUAGCAGCACGCGUCCAUAAAUUCUGGUUUUUAUCAUUUUCCCACAGAAAAACUUAAUGAGAGAAUGAUACAUCGUUUUGUUCAAUUACUUACAACGUUCUUGUACAACUGUGAGAUUAACUCAACUAGUGUUUUGUUCUGUUUCGUGGUUAAGUCACUUUGUCUCUCCAUAUAACAGAGGUGUGAAAGUAGUGAUUGGGUUGAAAAUCAUACUUACGUCGUUUUGUAAUUACGAAAUUCAAACGUUAUAAAAGUGAAAAUCGAAUUGAUUCAGGGUGGAACGUGCAGAAUUUUGUCUGCGAAACAUGUAGAAUCGAUAAACUAAGCUUGUCACUCUUUUAAAUUACGGCUAUUUGAAUAAAUUUCCGAGGUUUGCUUUUCGACCUUCUCAUUUUUGAACUUAUUUGCCUUCUACUUUCGAUCUUUUUUUUAUAUUUUUCAAAAAUCGCCUCUUAAAUGUUGAUACCAAACCCAGUGCAGAAUACAACAAAUGAAAAGAGGCAUAAUCUAACAUUUUUUAAAUAUUUGUGACAAGAAAUCUGGCGAACAGUUUGGAGCUAUUUUUCUUACCAAAAUCUUUCUUUAGUUCCCCAAAAUCGGUUCAAAUAACGACUCUCGUAACAACAACUCACAGAGACCACCUCCCAUUCGAACAACGUGUGUCGUGUAACACGCAACAAUAAAACAACUAAUAUUGAAGCUUAAUGUGAGUCAUCACCAUUUUGCAGAUAUGAUGUAAGAAACAAAGAAAAAAAAAUCCAACACAAAAAAAAGAAGAUACUACAUAAUGUAUUCUAGCGCAGAAAUCCGUGUCGUCGUAAAUAUGCUGAAAUCAAGAAGUAGUUUUAGAACGUGCGUAGAAGUUGGAAACACACAAGCAGUAGGAUACGAAACAAUGCAGGAAAACGGCGAAACGAUUCGGAAGAUGUGAGUGGAAAUGAUUUUUUUGUUCUCUAGGACUGGAAUAUAAACAGUUGCACCUAUCAUGUAUGUUUUAAUCUUACGCCCGGGUCGGGUAAGCAUAUAGUAAACUGAAUUCAUUAGUUUUCCAAUCAAAUCAACUACCCGGCGCUUUUCCCCGUUCCAAGUUUCGUUCAGUUCGCACACUGAUGCAAUCGAAAAAAGAGAAACUGUUUUGCUUUAAUUUGAGAAAGUCGCACCCAAAUCUCUAGCUUUUCAUUUUCCUGCAUGUAAGAAAAGUAAAAAAUGGCUAAGACGAACAUGAAAUAAACGCACCGUCUCAAAAGAGAGAGAGAGGGAGAAUAAGAAAGUGUAUGACGGUUAUAGACUACACAAAUCAAACAAACGUUAAUGCCAGCAAAGGUGUGUAAAGCAGAAUGUAACGAGUAUAAAAAACAGUUGAAACAAAACUAAUGAGGAAAUACGAUCAAAAUGAACAACAGACAGAAAGAGAGCUUAUCAGUUUUGUUCCAAUUUGUAACACACUUGAGUUAUUGUACUGCUAAAACAUUAUCGUUUUUAGGCUUUUCACUGAUAUUUUUUAUUUAUUAUUAAUAUAGGCCAACCUAUUUCUGUGAGUAUAUUGUACUUUAGUUGGAAAAAGCGUAA